AUGAAGAGUUUGAACGUGGUCUCCUGGCAUUAUCAGACACCAGAGCGACGGGCGCUAAAGCGAAAUCGUCUCGGACCACCGGAUGUCUAUCCGCAAGAUGCGAAGCAGGAGGAGGAUAGCUUGGGCGCGGAUCGCUUGAAGAAAGGCUACCAAGUUGCCGUGACAUCUUACGAGCAUGACUCAAUCGUUUGGAAUGUUAAGAUGCCUCGGUUGGAUCGUCUGGACGAUACGAUGUUACGUGGGGCGCAGAUAGUGAUGCAGGUGAUGGCCAAGAAGAUGGAGCUGAAUGCAAAUCUUGACAGGGAGAGAAAACGUGGUGCAAGCGGCUCAGCUAAGGACGGCGGCGGUGCAGUUGGUUCGGCUAGUGGCGCUCAGGCACUAUUCCAGCAAUUUGCUCAUAAUCUGGAGGAUGCUUUGGAAUAUCUAUGUGACUAUAAAGUGCCAGUAGGACGGGCCCUUUGGUUCUUGAAAUUGAUUGCUGUCGGUGGCCAGGGCUGUACCAGUAAUGUCAAUAAGCAGAAGAAAUCAACCGGCGACCAACUUGCCUCUGGUUAG